AUUGACACAUGUCGUGAUAAUGUUAAUUAAUAACUUUGAAAAACUAAAAUUUAUAUAAUAAGAAAAUUUGAAGAACCAAAUUUUAUAUAAUAAGAUAUAUUAUUAUUUUAAUUUUAGAUUGUAAGAAAUUUAAAGUAAAUAUGAAUCUAAAAUUUUUUAAAAUAAUUAAACGGGUUAUCCAAACGCUAAUGAACCCGAAUCCAAAAUUUAUAAAUACCUUAACGAAGCUGAAUUUUUUAUUCCUGAAAACUCAAAACGUCAAUAGCCCCUUCGACAAGCUUCUGCUCUUUCGCGAUAAAACCUAGAAAGCUUCUUUCCUUUCGUUCAAUCCAGCAUCAGCCAUGGAUCUUGAGGCUGAGAUCCGUGCAUUACAGCUUGAUUCGGCAGCUUCUGAGGAUCAUGAUCAGGAAAUACUCCUUCCAGUGCAUAACCCAGCGAAAGCUAAAGAGAAGGCAGCACAAGAGAAGGCUGCGAAAGAAGAGGAAGCGGAAGAAGAGGCAGAAGCAAACAAAAAGCGACACUUGAAUGCGGUCUUCAUUGGUCAUGUUGAUGCAGGAAAAUCUACAAUUGGAGGACAGAUUCUCUUCCUCAGCGGUCAGGUGGACGACAGACAAAUCCAGAAGUAUGAGAAGGAAGCAAAAGACAAAAGUAGAGAAAGCUGGUAUAUGGCAUAUAUAAUGGAUACAAAUGAAGAAGAGAGGGCCAAGGGUAAAACAGUUGAAGUUGGAAGGGCUCAUUUUGAAACUAAGAACACAAGGUUUACCCUUUUGGAUGCUCCGGGUCACAAGAGUUAUGUACCCAAUAUGAUUAGUGGAGCAUCUCAGGCGGACAUUGGUGUGCUGGUGAUUUCGGCCCGUAAAGGUGAAUUUGAAACAGGAUUUGAGAAGGGUGGGCAGACGCGUGAACAUGUCCAACUCGCAAAAACAUUGGGAGUGUCGAAGCUGGUUGUUGUGGUGAACAAAAUGGAUGAUCCAACUGUGAACUGGUCGAAAGAGAGGUACGAUAAAAUAGAACAAAAAAUGGUACCAUUUCUUAAAUCCUCUAGAUACAACACGAAGAAAGAUGUUAUAUUCUUGCCUAUAUCCGGUCUAAUGGGGGUUAAUAUGGAUAAGAGGAUGGAUCAUAACGUUUGUCCAUGGUACAGUGGCCCUAGCUUUUUCGAAGUACUUGAUUCUAUUGAAGUUCCACCACGAGAUAAUGGUCCAUUCAGGAUGCCUAUUAUAGAUAAAUUUAAAGACAUGGGAACAGUUGUUAUGGGAAAAGUAGAAUCUGGCAGCAUUAAGGAGGGUGAUUCCUUGAUUAUCAUGCCAAACAAGGAGCCCGUGAAAGUUGUUGCUAUAUUUUGCGACGAAGAUAAAGUUAAGCGUGCUGGACCUGGUGAGAAUUUGAGAGUCCGCAUAACUGGCAUUGAAGAUGAGGAUAUCCUUUCCGGUUUUGUUUUAUCCAGCACGGUAAAACCUGUAGCUGCUGUUACUGAGUUUGUUGCACAACUACAAAUCAUUGGGCUGCCUGAAAAGGCUGUUCUCACGGCUGGUUACAAGGCUAUUCUCCACAUUCAUGCGGUUGUUGAGGAAUGUGAGAUCAUGGAAUUGAUAAGCGAAAUCGAUAUGGAGACGAGGGAGCCCAUGAAAAAUAAAAGAGUUCGGUUUGUGAAGAACGGUGCUGGUGUGGUCUGCCGUAUACAGGUUACCAAUUCAAUCUGUGUUGAAAAAUUCUCAGAUUUUCCUCAGCUAGGAAGAUUCACACUACGAACUGAAGGGAAAACAGUAGCUGUUGGGAAGGUGACUGCGCUCUCAGGUGCUUCCUCAAGCGCUUGAUUCAAAUUUUGAGAGGAAAACGGUGACCGACUAGUCUCGUGAUUUUUAGUUAUUUGGAACCACCAAGUUGAAUUCCCUAAACCCAAAUCGUAAUUCCAACUGAGGUUUUGAAAUUUACUGAUGCAGAUUUGUAACCUUAGACUGUUUUUUUUUGGAAAUUUAAAAGAUAGAAAGAGUAUUAUGAUGAACAUGAGUGUGACUUUUUUUCUUUCUCUUAAGCUAAAUUUACAAUUACUACUACUACUA